GAAGCUGCGUCUUGUGUGUUUGUGUCUGUGCACACAUGUUGUGCUGCCGUGUUUGUGCGUGUGUUUUAUGUUUUCAUCGUCUAAAAUGAGAAUGUGCGUCAAACUGUUCGUGUUUUCUGCGGUGGUCGUCCUCACGGUUCUGCUGCUGCGUCACUGGAUGGAAACCAAGGAAUAUGUUUUUAGCAAAGAAGACGUGAUGAGAAUCGCUAAACAGUACGCAGGUCAGGACCAUGAACAGGCCUUCUCUAAAGUGGUGGUGGAACUCAGAAAGAGGUAUCCUGGACACAUCUUGCCUGAUGAGGACCUGCAGUGGGUGUUUGUGAACGCCGGAGGCUGGAUGGGUUCAAUGUGCGUCCUCCACGCUUCGCUCACAGAAUACGUGCUGCUGUUUGGGACCGCCGUGGACACAGUGGGACACUCGGGUCGUUACUGGGCUGAGAUUUCAGACACCGUUAUCUCCGGCACUUUCAGGCAGUGGAAGGAGGGGACAACAAAGAGUGAACUCUACUACCCCGGUGACACCAUCACUCAUGGAGCAGGGGAGGCCGCAGCCGUGCAGUGGAGCUCUGGGACGUGGAUGGUGGAGUACGGCCGAGGUGUCAUCCCGUCCACACUGGGCUUUGCCAUGGCCGACACUCUGUUCAGCACACACGACUUUAUCACAAUGUUCUACACUGUCCGAGUCUAUGUCAAGGCUCUGCUGCUGGAGGCUGCAACACUACUGACAGAGGCUGAAGUUUUCUGAGGCUCACAUCUACGUACAAGGACAUCAGACUGUAUCGCCACAGGACAUUUUGCCCUCGAAAACGAAGCCUGUGCUGAGCGACUCGGGCUUCAAAUGUUUUUAACCUGAAUGUGCAAAGUACCAUUAAAAGUCCUGCCCCUCUGA